CAUCGCAUCCGGCUUUGCGAAAUAAAGAUGGCGCCUCCAAAUGGUCGUAAAACGGCUGGCAAAUUUGCGAAGCCAAAGAAUGAUGCUCGUUCGCUAAAGAGGAAAAGGGUUGUGGAUGACCACGAGCGAUUAGAGAAGGAGAUCAAAGAACUGGAUCCCAAAGUCGCAGACAUUAAGGACUUCCAACACCUUCCCUUAUCGGAGCCUACCUCCAAAGGCCUCGAUGCUUCGCAUUUCAAAACCUUGACCGAUAUUCAAUCGAAAGCGAUACCGCUCGCCCUCAAAGGCAAAGACAUACUUGGUGCUGCAAAGACAGGCAGUGGUAAAACUCUGGCCUUCCUUGUCCCUGUUCUUGAGAACCUAUAUCGCCAAAAAUGGACCGAGUUGGAUGGGCUAGGUGCCCUAAUUAUCUCGCCGACGCGAGAGCUGGCCAUCCAGAUCUUCGAGGUACUGAGGAAAAUCGGGAGGUACCACUCGUUCUCGGCCGGCCUGGUUAUUGGUGGUAGGAGUCUACAGGAGGAGCGUGAAAGGUUGGGCAGGAUGAACAUCUUGGUCUGCACGCCUGGUCGAAUGCUGCAGCACAUGGACCAAACGGCCGCGUUUGAAGUCGACAAUCUGCAAAUGCUGGUACUGGACGAGGCAGACAGGAUCUUGGACAUGGGUUUCCAAACCUCCGUGGAUGCUAUCCUGGACCAUCUACCCAAAGACAGGCAAACGAUGCUAUUCAGUGCGACGCAGACAAAGAAGGUGUCCGAUUUGGCAAGACUGAGCUUGAAAGAGCCGGAGUAUGUGGCGGUGCAUGAAGCUGCUACAAGCGCCACGCCUACGACAUUGCAACAGCACUACAUUGUCGUACCUCUGGCAGAGAAGCUGAACACCCUGUACAGUUUCAUACGGGCGAACUUAAAGGCGAAGAUAGUUGUUUUCAUGUCAUCUGGAAAGCAAGUACGAUUUGUCUACGAAAGUUUCAGACACAUUCAACCCGGUAUUCCACUGCUUCAUCUUCACGGACGACAAAAACAAACGGCAAGGCUAGAUAUCACAUCGAAGUUCUCGUCUUCUCAAAAUUCUUGCUUGUUCGCAACGGAUGUUGUAGCUCGUGGUCUUGAUUUCCCAGCCGUGGAUUGGGUUAUUCAAAUGGAUUGCCCUGAAGAUGCCGACACAUAUAUCCACCGUGUUGGCCGAACAGCCAGGUAUGAAAGAGCAGGUAGAGGUGUUAUGUUUUUGGACCCAACCGAGGAGGAGGGCAUGCUUGCGCGGUUAAAACACAAGAAGGUCCCGAUCGAGAAGAUCAAGGUCCGAACAAACAAACAGCAAAGUGUUCAGAAGCAGCUACAAGUUAUGUGCUUUCAAGAUCCAGAGCUCAAGUACCUCGGGCAGAAGGCAUUUGUCAGUUACACUCGAUCCGUAUACCUACAGAAAGACAAGGAGAUCUUUAAGAUCGACGAAAUUGACCUCGAGGGAUUUGCCUCUAGCAUGGGUCUACCGGGUGCACCCAAAAUCAAGUUCCAGAAAGGUAACGAUGCGAAGAAGCUCAAGAAUGCGCCUAGAGCUACCCUGGAAUCAAGCGACGAGGAGAGUGGUUCUGAGGCUGGUGGGAAGAAGGCCAAGAAGGAGGUACGCACCAAGUACGACAGAAUGUUCGAGAUGCAGAACCAGAAUGUUCUUUCGGGUCAUUACACGAAGAUGAUCGCAGAGGACGAGGAGAGUGCCGAUGGUGAGGCGAAUGUUGGCUCUGAUGAGGAUGGCGACUUCAUGUCCGUCAAGAGGCUCAUCCCAGUCGACAGCGAAUUACCUGAGGACAUGGAGGAAGUUGCAUCUGCUGGUCCUCAGCCAAAGAUUGUCAAGGGAGCGAACGAUACGGAGCUUGUCAUCGACUCGAAGAGACGCGAGAAGAUGCUCAAGUCUAAGAAGAAGAUGUUAAAGCUGAAGGGCCACGGAACCAAGACCGUGUACGACUCUGAUGGCAACGCCCACGACAUUUAUGAGCUUGAGGAUGAGGAUGACUUCAAGGCUAGAGGAACUGCCGAGGCACAGCGCGCUAGGUUUGUCGAGGAGGAGGCAUCGAAGGUCAAGCAGGCAGAUAUUGAAGAUAAGCAGCUGGCUAAGGAUAAGAGGAGGGAGAAGAAGGACAAGAGGAAGGCGAGAGAGAGGGGUGAUAUGGAUGAAGACGAUGAAGCGCCAGCGCUACAUGAUGCCGGCAGCGACGCGGAAGAUCCACUGGAAUUCCUCAAGUCAUUGCCAAUGGGUGAUGAGAGUGAAGCAGAAGAAGAUGAGCGACCACAGAAGAGAGCCAAGAAGUGGUUUGAGAAUGAUUCGGAGGAUGAGUCCAAGGCGGCCGCCACGAAGAAAUCUCGUCGCCACAUCAUCGAGGCGGCAGACGAGCCAGAGACACUCGAAGACCUCGAAGCUCUCGCAUCCGGAUUACUGGGAUAGCUUUUGUUGUAGAGUUCAUAAAGUAGUUAGAGCCUCAAAAUUAUUAUACCCCAUUUCAGAAAUCCAGUCCACUUUUUUCA